AGUAAAUAGUGAACCAAUAAAUAUACUUACAGUACCUACUACUAUGUAAUUUGAUAGUGGAGCAAAGGAGCAAUUAACUAGCAGCGGGUAGUUAACGUAAGCCAAGUGGAUAACGUCAGCGAUUUUGGUCUUGUUAUCUUGGAUAAUCAUUCCGUCAUCCCUUCUUCCUGUCUCAGUUUCUAUACACACACCAUGACUACCGCAGCGGUGUUCGGUUGUACAGGAGCCGUGGGCUCUCAGAUCCUCGCCACACUCCUCGCCGGCGACGCAUUCUCCUCCGUCAAGACGGUCUCGCGGAGACUCCCCAAGAACACCGAGUCUUCCAAGCUCCAGGCCAUCGAGGAAGGCGACACUUCAAAAUGGGGCGGCAUGAUCACCUCGCUGUCUCCCAAGCCGUCGAUUGUCUUCAACGCCGUCGGCACCACCAGAGCGGCAGCCGGGGGGAUCGAGAACCAGUGGAAGAUCGACCAUGACUUGUGCGUGGAGAACGCCCGAGCAGCCAAGGAGGCCGGAGUGAAGACGUACGUGUUCAUCUCUAGCGGCGGGACCCGAGGCUUUCUAUCUCGCUAUGUGCCUUACUCGAAGAUGAAGAUCGGGGUGGAGGAUGCCAUCCAGGAGCUUGAUUUCGAGCAGGCCAUCAUCCUCCGGCCAGGUAUGAUUAUCGGGAGGGAGACUGCCAAGGCUCCCUUCUUUGAGAGCGUUGUUGAAAACCUGAACAAGCUAGGACAGGGCGUCCAGGAUAGGAUAGGUCAAAACCAAACCACUAUCGGUAGAGCAGCUGUGGCAGCUGCUCGGAUGGCCGAGGAGGGAAAAGCACCGUCGAAAUACUGGAUCCUGGAACAGGCUGAUAUCGUCAGACUGGGCAGAGACGAGUGGAAGGAGUAA